GGUUUCCUCUGCUGAGCCCUGACAGCACCGAGGAUCUUUCCAAUUUGAGAUCAACUGUCUCCAUUUCAGCGCUGUCUGCUUACUCCCAUCCAAUGGAAUUAGACAUCAUUACUUAAUCAUUAGUUUCCUGGCAGCCGGCUGGCUUUUCAGUGCUAAAAAAAAAAAAAAAAACUGCCUUAACUCCUGCGCAGCCUGGGUAUAAUAGUAAUAAAAAAAAACAAAACAGGAAAGAAUAAAGAUAGAUAGUUUACAUUUGUAGCACCUGGUGGAAUAAAAGAGCAGCAGAGCUGAGAUAAAGGACAUUUAGUUCCAGCUUUCCUUGUGCCAAGAUGGAUGAAACGCAAAACAACAGGACUUCCUUGGUUAAAGGUGCCAAGGACAUCGCUAAAGAAGCCAAGAGGCAUGCUGCCAAAAAUUUCAGCAAAGCUGUUGAUCGUGCCUCAGAUGAAUACUCAUCCCACCGCAGCUACAACCGCUUCCAGAACGAGGAUGAAGAAGAAAACAACUACAACAAUUACACUCAGCAGGAUGGUCACUAUGCCGGCAACGCAGCGAACGACGAGGACGGGGCCUCCAGCGACGCCACGGAGGGCCACGACGACGAAGACGAGAUCUAUGAGGGGGAGUACCAAGGUGUGCCUUCCUACAACGAUGGGAAGCCACGGGAGGGACAGGUGGCCGUGGGCCAGCCGGUCUCUGACAGCCUAAAGAGCCGCAAGGAGCUGGAAAAUGAGAGACAGGCAGACGAGGAGGAGUUGGCCCAGCAGUACGAGCUGAUCAUGCAGGAGUGUGGCCACGGGAGAUUCCAGUGGCAGCUGUUCUUUGUGCUCGGCCUGGCUCUCAUGUCGGACGGCGUGGAGGUGUUCGUGGUGGGCUUCGUCCUGCCCAGCGCCGAGACAGACAUGUGUGUCCCCAACUCUGGUGCCGGAUGGCUCGGUAGCAUCGUGUAUCUGGGGAUGAUGUUCGGAGCCUUUUUUUGGGGCGGCCUGUCAGACAAGUUGGGCCGCAAACAGUGCCUGCUCAUAUCCAUGUCCGUCAAUGGCUUCUUCGCCUUCCUUUCCUCCUUUGUCCAAGGCUACAGUAUGUUCCUGCUCUGCCGCAUGGUGUCUGGCUUUGGGAUUGGUGGAGCGGUGCCCAUAGUUUUCUCCUACUUUGCGGAGGUGCUGGCUCGGGAGAAGAGAGGAGAACAUCUGAGCUGGCUGUGCAUGUUCUGGAUGAUCGGAGGAAUCUACGCCUCGGCCAUGGCCUGGGCCAUCAUCCCACACUAUGGCUGGAGUUUCAGCAUGGGAUCAGCCUACCAGUUCCACAGCUGGCGAGUGUUUGUGGUGGUGUGCGCGCUGCCGUGCGUCUCUGCAGUGGUGGCGCUCACUUUUAUGCCUGAGAGCCCACGCUUCUUCCUGGAGAUGGGCAAGCACGACGAGGCCUGGAUGGUGCUCAAACACAUCCAUGACACCAACAUGCGCGCUCGCGGAGAGCCGGAGAGAGUGUUCACUGUGAACCGCAUAAAGACCCCCAAACAGCUGGACGAGCUGGUGGAGAUGCAGAAUGAGUCAGCCAACCCCGCACUCAAGGUCCUCUUCAAGAUCAAGGCCGAGCUCAGAGGAAUCUGGUUGACUUUCAUGAGAUGUUUCAACUACCCAGUAAAAGACAACACUGUGAAACUGGCCGCAGUCUGGUUUACUCUGUCCUUUGGGUACUACGGACUGUCUGUGUGGUUCCCCGAUGUCAUCAAGCACCUUCAGGCCGAUGAGUACGCCUCCAGAGUGAAGAUUCACAACAACGAACGCAUUGAGGACUUCACCUUCAACUUCACCCUGGAGAACCAGAUCCACAGAAACGGAGUCUUUCUGAAUGACAGGUUUAUCAGUAUGAAGUUCAAGACGGUCACGUUCAUCGACUCAUCUUUCCUUAACUGCUAUUUCGAAGAUGUCUCCUCAGUGGGAUCCUUCUUCAAAAACUGCACCUUUGUAGAUUCCUUCUUUUACAACACAGAUAUUGACGACUCCAAGCUAAUAAAUUCGAGUUUGAUCAACAGCUCCUUCCACCACAACAAAACAGGCUGUCAGAUGACGUUCGACGAUGAUUACAGCGCCUACUGGGUCUAUUUCGUUAACUUCCUGGGAACGUUGGCUGUGCUGCCCGGGAACAUCGUCUCCGCUCUCCUCAUGGACAAAAUAGGACGUCUUAGCAUGUUAGGAGGCUCCAUGGUGCUGUCAGGCAUCAGCUGCUUCUUCCUUUGGUUCGGCACCAGCGAGUCGAUGAUGAUCUUCAUGCUCUGUCUCUACAACGGCCUCAGUAUCUCGGCCUGGAACUCCCUGGAUGUGGUCACCACUGAGCUCUACCCAACAGACAGGAGGGGCACAGGAUUUGGCUUCUGUAACGCCAUGUGUAAGCUGGCAGCAGUGCUGGGCAACCUGAUCUUUGGCUCGCUGGUUGGCAUCACCAAGGCUAUUCCCAUCCUGCUGGCAUCAGCCGUGCUGGUUGGCGGUGGGCUGGUGGGGCUCCGACUGCCAGACACACGUGCCAAUGUCCUCAUGUAAACCUCAGUACAGAACAGUAUGUUGUUUACCAGGUAUUUACUCAGUGUGCUGAAUAAUGUCCCAUUUAUGGAAUAUGAUUUAUUAGAAUGUCACAGAAACAACCAUUCCUCUCAUCUUUCUUGUGUUAUUUAUUUAGUAAAUAGUGCUGAAUAUGUCUACAAAUUCAAACACAUGACAGGCUGUUAUUGUUAUUCUGUUAGUUCUGAGUUAAAUACCUGGUAAAUUCGAUAGUGAAAUGCAGUUUUGAGAGCUGUAGAUGUACAGAAGAGGGGAAUUUGGUAUAUUAAAUGUUUCAAAGAGCUGUGGGUAUUCUUGCAGUAAUUCAAAGGGGAAAAAAAACUCCUUGAAAGAAACAAGCUGAUCAGUGGUGAUAAAACUCUGUAUAUCAACAGCUCAUUAACUACCAUGUGCUGUUUCACACAUGCAACCCACAAAUGCAUGUGCCAAAGCAGCAAAAGGCUUGGACUUCUAACAACCUUAUCUUUCCAAAUCCCACUCACUCUUGCUCAGAUUAAAGACAUAGUUUGACAUUUUAGGAAACAUUCAAAGCUACCACCUGCAGGCACUUAGCUUAGCCUAAACACAGACUGUAUAUAAAAGAUGAAUGGAGCCACCGUGUGUUUGGAAAUUAACUUAACGAUUGAGAAGCGGAACAAACCUUUUAAACAUGAACUUAUUCUAAUCUAUUUUACUUUAAAUUGAACUAUAAUUUACAAAAUUAACAUCAUAUUGUGAUAAAGGAGACUGAAAACUACUGGCUGAGACCAUAAACCCUUUAAAAAAAAAUGGUCACUGAGGUAACAAAUGAAGUGAGAAGUGGGUAAAUUCUCUCUGAGACUUGCAUACAAUCAGACUUCUUUUUUCAACCAGAGGAGUCACCCCCUGCUGGCUGUUGAAAAGAAUACAGAUUUAGGGUGUUCCUGCAUUGGUUUCACCUUUUCAGACCCGGAGGCUACGUCCAUCUCUAAUAUACAGCCUUUGGACUGGAGGUCAGGGAUACAACUAGCCUGGCUAAAUCCUAAAAAGGGCCACCAACAAAUCUGAAGCUUGCUGAUUCACAUGCUGUAUCUUGUUUGUUAAAUAUGCACAAAAAUGAAACUGUAAAACGACAACGUUUAGAUCUAUGGGGCUAAUGAUCUGUACAAUCCUUGGUCAGGUGCAGUAACUUGUAAAAAACUACACAACAGUGUGUUGUAUUUAUAUUUGGGUUGGUGCACAGCUUAGACAAAGAAGAUACAAUAUGACUGUGUUUGUUAGAUGGACUGGCGCUUGUUCUGUUGUUUCUGGUGUCUUAAGUGGCCUCAUUUUUAUGUAACUGCAGUCAACAGUCAAACUUAUUCAAAGUGAAGCCAACAGUUACAGAAAAGUCACAUUAAAUUGCCAGUUUGAGUUGUAAACACGACAAGUGAGUGUACAAACAGCAUUCAGAAAUCAGUCACUGGUACGUUUAUGGUGUAUAGAGGGACAUGAAUCACCUGAUAUCUGUGCAUCAUGUAAACACUAUAUUCUGAAUAAAAGAAGAACCAGGAUAAGCCUCAUUACCAGGAUACUGUUGCACAUAAAAAUACAAACUCUGUUCAUCUUUAGAGGCUUAGGUGGAUAGAUUCGGUUCCCUUUGGGUAGAGUCAGGCCAGCCUUUCCCCAUGUUUCCACUCUUUAUGCUAAGCUAAGCUAACUAGCUGCCUGUAGCUUCAUAUUUACCAUACAGAUAUGAGAGAGGUAUCAGAUCUUCUCUCCUUGCUCAGCAAGAAAGUAAAAGUAAAUGCUGACUUAUUUAUUAAUUUAUAAGUUAUUUAUUGCUGCAUCUGUGUGCUUUUCUGUUUUUUAGGUCCGAUGUUGAGGGAUACUUUUGACUCUGAUCAGUAUUCCAAUAAAGGUUGAUGACACUUAAGCCUUUUGCUGCAACUUGCAAGAAUGACAAGGCCAUAGAAAAAAAAAAAUCAAUAAUGAUAAAGUAGUUUAGUCAAAACUGGCAACUUCAGCAGCUACAUUUCUAAAAGUGAAAAGAAGUUUACAUUUUCUGCUUUUUACAGUAAGAGACUUUUGGGAUUGGAAUCCUUUUGUCUGAAUGCUUCCUCUCUCCCUCUGUCUGUAUUCGUCUUGUGGCGCCGAGCUCACCAUGAAGGGCUUUGCUCUCCGUUGCAAUCUGAUCCGUCGAGAAGAAUUUAUACCGUAGGAAACUUCUGUUGGUAUCAAAAUUUGCUCUUCUCUUCGUGUUUUUUUUUUUCCUCUUUAUCUGUCUCAUUGUCCUGGUUUCCUCAGCGUGUCUCGUGUUCUCGUCCUCUUGUUUAUCUCCUCCUGCCUUGCUGCUGCUCCCUCCACAACUCAAAGGCCUUUCUCAAAUGUCGUGCCUCUCUCUCUCUUCAUCGAGCCCAUCUCUACUUCCAAACCUCGCUGGAAGCUUUGCUGCUCUGUCCUGCUUUCUUUUUUUCCCCCCUUUUGGUCCCUUAUCUCUUGAUACUGCGACGAGUGAGUGUGAGUGUGUGUGACAAGACAAAUCCUCGUGACCAUCUCUUACCUGUAUAUGGAAAACCAAAUUGCUUUUUUCAUGUGUUUUGCUAUACCAAGGAAGAAUUUGAUUCAAAAUUGAUAUUAAAAGCCAUGUGUAAAGAGUCAGCUCACCCAAAUUCCAAAAAAAUACUUAUUUCAUAGCCACGGUGAUAGUUUUGGUUUUAUGUGCUGACAUUUUAGAACUUGAUGCAAAUUUUAAGUGUUUGUGCUGCUCAUAAAUAUUAAGAGCUACUUUUAAUAACACUCCACAGGCAUGCACCUCGGUAAGGCUGCACUUGAGCCAAAGCUGGGACAGAAAAACAGAUAAAGCAGUGCUUGUUGUAGUUCACACAGUGCCAAUGAAGCCCAUUGUCAGUUAAAUCUCUCUGUAAUUCGCAAUUUAGUGGAGUUUGUCUGGUUUCUGUAGCAACAUUCCUACAUGGGUGCACCAGCAGUGAUGUGAUUUACGCAACUGUUGGUUUGCCAGAACAGAGGGGAGGUUACAGAAAGCAGGAGGAUACUGAAGUCUGGAGUGGAAGAACCCAGAAAAAAGAAAAACUUUGUGAUUUAGCAGAUAAAAGACAAGACUUAGUGUUUAGAGGAAGGUUUGCAGACUAAAACAGAAAGCAGUCAGUGCUACGGCGGCUGUCAUAAGCCCAUGUCGACAGUGUUUGUGUAAUUACUCUCACUGCCAGAGGAGGGAGACAAAAGUUCGGCCUUGCAGGAUCAGAAUAUGCUAACAUGCUCACAGUGAUUUAUCGCCACGCUGAUGCCCUGCUCUCUGAUUCCUGCUAUCUCCGCUGGCUUGCACUGCACCACGAUGGUUUGGUGCUGCAUCAAGCAAAGCAAAGCACACUGGCCAGAGUGCUCAUGUGCAUGCAGCAGUCAAAGUUCAAACUAUAGCUCAUUUGUUUCUUAAUUGAGGAAAUAAGAGGUGAAAUUUUCACACAAAAUAUUUUAUUGAGUUAGUGAUGUAGGCCCGCUAGAGGUUUUGAAAACUUAUUUUGCUUUGUCCUGCACUGAAAGCAGCAGCAGCACAGUUUGAACAGGCCAUUCUGGUGCCAACAUUGUGGGGGGGGGACAUGAAUGUUUGCACCAAAUUCCCUGGAAAUUCAUCAACUAGUUGUUAAUCUAUUUCACCAAAACUACAAAUGUGAACAAAAUCAAAGAGGUCACCAAAUUCAGAAGGAGUCAUCGCCUGGGGACCAUAAAUGUCUCCAUAUUUCAGUCUUGAUUAAAGCAGUACGCUCGCUGACUAACAGAUGCAGACUAUCCAUCAGGACGUUUUGGACUUCUCCCGAUGGGCAGAUUUUAUUUGACAUGGUAAUGUUUUUCCUAUCCCAGGCAUAAUAAGUCUAUAUGGUGAUACAGAGAUGUUCAGUAGGUCAUGUUGCAUUCUCAAAAUGUAUUUUUUGGGCUCAGAAAAACCACCAAAACAAAAGAAAUUCCUCUACAAAUUUAUCUUCAACUAUCAGUCUUUGUCUGAAAUGUUAAGACAGAGGAAAUCCUCAACUCAAGGUGAAGAAAAAUUAUCUCUUAAAGACAAUUUUAGUGUUAAAUUUCCUCAGCUUCAAUCAGCAGAUGAAGUGGAAGCUGCUCUGAGAGAUCAUCCAGAGUAACUUGAACACAUUUUUGUCUGGAGACACAAACUGAGUUUUCACUUUGCACCACAAUGAGCACCACAAAAAAAUCUGUUUACCCACAUGUACUGACAGAAUGUGACCAAAUAAAACUAAAACUAUCGACAUUGUAAGGUGCAACUUGAGGUAAUAAAGACAAACUUUUUUGUGACUUGGGUGAACAGACUCUUGAAAACCUCUUGUGAAUGAAUUCUUGCUGCUACAACGUCAGUGCUUCAGUGUUUAAAUGCGUUAGAUAAGUUGUAAAAUACAAAACUGUGUCUCAUCUGCGUUUGUUCAAUCAUACAAAAAAAAAAGUCAGUUAACACGAACUGUUUCAUUUGACUAUUUUCCAGGCAGCGCUGAUGAUUCGUGAUGUUCUGUUUCUCCUCUAUUCCUUCCUUAGUGUGACUUCCUACAUGCAGCUAUUUCCUUUCAAAGACAAUAUUUUUGAUGACUGAAAUGCAGCUGUUUCAAGAUAUGAAUCUGCUUUCCUGUGUUUGAUGCUUUUCCUCUGUCUGCCCCUUCCUCGAAACGCCACCACUUGUGCUGAACGAACUCACUAGACAUCACUGUUUCCGAACUGAAACCCUGCAUGUUUGUUACUGAAGUCCCUCUGUUGUGUGUGCUUCUCCCAUUUCGGUGUCCCUGGCUGUUCCUCUGCGGGGGUUAACAGACGUGAUUUCCCGGGUUAAAGGUGAAUGUAUCAUUCUUGUGUGUUGUCAGAUUUUGUCGUGGACAGGUUUUCAUUAUACUCGGUUCACUUCUAGGUCAUUGUGAAAGGGCAUGCUAGUGCUGAGAUGACUGUAUGUUACUGCGAGAUGUUAACCAGCAGGGGUGGUCAAAUCUGCCGUCGGGAGGGUUUCCAGUUAGAUUAAUCACAGAGUCACUGGGGGAACGGAUUUAACAGCGUGACUUUCAGAUUUGAAAACCUCUGCUGUCGAACAAUCUGUGGAGGUGUGUGUAAAAAAAAAAAAAAACACAGUUACCUGUCCUUGAUAUGAUUUAUUUUGAUAAGAAAAGGCUCAAGUGAAUGCAGUGUAAAGGUGGAUUCCUCUGGUGUCUCCAUGUUGAAUAAAGAGUUUCAUUUGAACAGCU